AUGAGCAGGGACUCAGCAGACAUUGACGAGGAUCAUCAAUACACAAGCUUGAAGGACAUCAUACUGAGUUCACCACCAAAGAAUUCCAUGAUAAAUCAAGAGGGGAAUGACUUCGACUCUUCGAACAUCGCCAUCAAGAACCAGCUGGUGAAGCAUGCAGCCUCAGCAUAUCUGCAGUCGGCAGUUGUAUUGGCGAGCAUCAGCCUGAAUAUGAUUUUGAUCAACGAGAAACUCACUCCCGUUACUUUUCCCCAAUGGCGGGCUCAAUUUGAAGCUUUGCUCAUCAGAUAUGAUCUUCUAAACUUUUUCACCGACACUUUUCCAUGUCCUGUUCCUGACAGCUCCAAUUCUGAAUCCUCAAAUGCUGCCUGUGCUCACUGGGUCUGUCAGGACAAGCUCCUUCUUGAUGCUAUUCUUGCCUACACAUCCACCUCUGUUACACCUCUCAUAGCUUCAUCCAAGACAUCCCAUGAGGCCUGGAGCACACUUACCCAUCUCUAUGCGGGUAAAUCUCGAACCCGUGCAAUGCAAUUAAAAGAGGAGCUUACACUAUCUCAGCGAGGUGAUCGCACUGUCAUUGAAGUUUUACACCACAUGAAGCUUCUCGUUGAUGAGUUGGCACUCAUUGAUCAUCCUAUCUCAAAUGAUGAUCAUACUCUCUAUGUGCUAAAUGGUCUGGGACCAACAUACCGAGAAAUCGUUGUGCCAAUACGAACUCGUGAAACUUCACUCACUUUUGAAGAGCUUCACGACUUGCUAGUUGAACAUGAGAGUUACUUUCAUAGUCUCAACACCACAGCACAGUCAAUGGUUGUCUCUGCUCACUACACUCAGAAGCAGGGCGGUUAUUUUUCUGUUAAUGAUGGAUCUGGCCAUAGACGCUUGCCUUCAAACAAAGGCCAUGAGUCCUCCAAACGGGGGACCAACGAUUCCUCCAAGUCAUAUACGGGCUAUCGCAAGUAUAAGCCUAAAUGCCAAUUAUGUGAUUAG